AUGAACAAUGAUUUACUGACUCCACUUGUCAGAACAUACAAGCUGAUUGUCACGUGUUGUUCGAGUGAUGAAAACACACCUAGCAUUGGAUUUGAACUUGUCAACGAAUUGGUUGACACGUUCAACACAACAUUUUCUGUAUUCACAAAGAAAAGAGCUUUUCCUUUGUGUCACAUUGUGUCGUCUGAAGUCAUUCGUGACAUACCAAAAAUGAUGAACUAUUGCAUUUCUGAAUAUUUUGAAAACGCAGUUAACGACUUAAUAAGUACAACAGACUUUGAGUUUUUGAAAAAUUGCUUUGUCCACAUGAAAGAUGAACCAGAUAUUGAAAAGAACCAUUAUUACCAUGAUGCAAAAACAAUUUUGCAUUACUCUAAAUUUAUGUUUGAUCGCCUCUUUUACUUGGAAGAUGUUGGUCUUUUUAUCGCAAUGAUUUUUGGCUUAUUUGAUGGAAGCACAUCCGACGAACAGAAGCUGGAAAAAAUUUCACAAACUGAGGCUAUCUUUGAAGAGCUUGAAAUCAGUCUGAAGACUUUCGACAAAAACAACUUUGGACUGACAGAUGGAAAACAGAUACUCGAGAUUAAAAACCAAAUAACUUUUGAUGAAUUUAAGAGAAGAUGGACCAACCCAACACCACUCCAACUCCUCAAUGACAGAUUAAACAAACAAAAAAACGAGAUCGACUUUCAACUCAAAAGAUCACUUGCUGAAAACAACGAGUUGUUGUCUGAAAUAGAAUGUCUUGAAAAAGAAAUCACAGAAAAGAACAUAACAAUUGAAAAUUUUGUCGCAAUGGAAAACUCCUUUAUAAAAUUGCAAGAGGAAAACCUCAAUCUUUUGUCGCAAAACGCGAAAUACAAAGAACAAAUUGCUGAAUUGGAAAAAUCGAUUCUAAUCGAAAGAAAGAGAGACAAAUCACCAAAAGUCAAACAAAACGAGACGGAAGGCAAUAAAGAAGUCCAAGAAGUACUUGACACGAUGUUCAAACAAGUGACAGAUGAAACAAUUCAAUUAGGAAAGGAAUUGCCCCAAGUUUCCAUCAAUAGUCCAAUCAACCUGAAUUCCACAAAUUUAUUAGUUGGUACCAAAAGUGAUGCUGUGAACUUUAACUUUCCUUUGGAAUUUCUGAAACCAAUGGAGCCAAACUUCGACGAACUUUUCGAAGACGACACGCCAAGAGAAAGACGAGAAGAACUGAGUCAGAACGUAUUUGAAAAAACACAAGUGGUCCGAAAAAUAUUGGACGUGAUGGAGCGGGGACUGAAGAACUUUGUUACAUUUGAAUUGACUGAAACAUACACUUUAAGAAUCAGCGAAAAGACUUUGGAAGCUGGAGGGAAGUUUGCUGUUGAGAUUACUAGACUGAUCAUCAAGGAAAACAUGGCGGUUUCACACGACCCGGUCAUCUUCUCUGUUGAUCUCGAGCAAGUCAAAAAGGGUAUCACUGACUUCAUUUUUGAAGAGAAAGGGUCGACCAUUUUUGGGGAAAAGCCGCUGAAUGUUGUGAUACGAGUAGCGAUAGAAAAGGUCAAGAAAUGCAUUUUGAAAGUUCCACUUCUAACGGUGAUGAAAGGUGGGAAUGUACAGACUGAAAUUGAUGGGGAGAAGUUUAUGAUACCAAUUGCGAAAGGAAUUGAAGAAGGCGAGGAAGUCACUGUUGACUCAAAAAUAGAACCCGUGAUAUAUAAGAUGAAAGUUACAACGACAGACCCGGUGUUUAAGAGAAAAGGAGCCGAUCUUUACACUUCUAUCGAAUUUGAUUCAAAAUUCAAAGACAAGACAAAGGUUGUUGAAAUUAAAAUGGUGGAUGGCACCUCUCACAGUUUUAUGUUUUUUGUCCAAGACGCGAAUUACCUUAUUGAGGGUUGUGGUCUUCCAAAAGGUGAAGGUUUUGGUGAUUUGUAUGUUAAAACCACACUCAUUUAA